CUACAACAACAUCAUCCGAAACCAAAUCCAGCCUUCCGACAAACCACCACCGAAACACCACCAUGCCUUGUUCAUCAACCGCCCCAGCCGGAAGCAACGCCACCGCCAUGCUGACCUCCGUCCACCCGGACAUAAUCUGGACCCACAUCCUCACCCGCCUCGACAGCCCAUCCCUUGUCUCUGCCACCUCUGCCUCCUCUCAGCUCCACCCCCUCUCCUCUGACGACUGCCUUUGGCAAGACAUCUGCCUCGCCGUGUGGCCCUCAGUCGGUGAUCCCCGCGUCGCCGAGGCCAUCACUGCCUUCCCCUCUGGCCACCGCUCCUUCUUUUCCGACUCCUACCCGAUCCUUCACCACCAUAAGCUGCGGUACCGUCGCUCGCCACCACCUCCGCUCCUGGCCAAGUAUUUGAUCUCCGCCGUCGACGUCCACUUCGAGGGUGAGCUGAUAUUCUCCAAGGUCCACGAGACAGAGACCGCGUCCGGGUGGUUCGAGUGCUGUCCCUUCCAAGUCGACCUGCUCGACCUCAAAGAGUCCGUCCUGACCCGGAUCCAGAAACCCGGUGGGAUGCACGAUGAGGUCUGGCUGAGGCACCUGGAGGACAACUUGUCUCUGAGCUGGAUCCUUGUCGACCCAGCCAGGAGGCACGCGGCAAACCUCUCAACCCGGAGGCCAGUCUCAGUGCAGCGGCACUGGCUGACCGGGGACGUGCAGGCGCGGUACGUGACGGUGUUGGCCGGAGGGCACCGGGGGUCGGCGGCGGAGCACGUGCAGUGCACGGCGACGGUCACGUGCGGGGGGGAGGAGGGCGGGAAGCUGCAGGUGAGGGAGGUGAGCUUUCAGGUGGAGGACAUGGAAGGGAAGAUCUUGAACGGGAGGGACAGUGUGGCGAUCCUGGGGGACGCCAUGGAGAACGGAGAGAGGAAGAAGGCGAAGAGAGAGAGCGAAGGGAAAGAAAGGUUCGAGGAGUACGAGGAGAGAAAGAGAGAAAGAAGGGAGAGGAAGCAGAGGAAGGAGAGGGCCCGGGACUUGGUGUGCAUCGGGGCGGGGGUCGCCGUGUUCGUGGGCUUCUGGUCGUUCAUCCUCAGAUGAAAAAAACCGAAGCAGUCCCGGAAUGUUCAGCCAUUAAAGUUCAGCCACUAAAGUACAGCGUGUUCAAACAGUAAACCCAAGGUUUAUAACUACACAACACCAUUACAGACAGAGAGAAUGAAAGGAGAUAUUAGCUAGGGUUACAGAA